GCAGAAUUCUUUGAAAUGCUGGAAAAAAUGCAGGCACCAAAACUGGAGGAACAGAGAACUGGAAGCCAAAAACAUAAGGAAGACUACAUCCCCUACCCCAGCAUUGAUGAGAUCCUCGAGAAGGGCAGCCCGUACCCACUGAUCAUCCUCCCCCAGUUUGGGGGGUACUGGAUUGAAGACCCGGAGAACCUCGGCACACCCACCUCGUCCGACAGCAGCAUCUGCGAGGAGGAGGAGGAGAACCUCAGCCCCAGCACCUACGGCUACAAGCUGGAGUGCAAAGGAGAGGCCAGAGCCUACAGGAAGCAUUUCCUGGGGAAGGAUCAUUUAAAUUUUUAUUGUACAGCCAGCAGCCUUGGAAAUCUGAUCCUUUCCAUUAAGUGUGAGGAGGCAGAUGGCACUGAAUAUUUAAGGAUUAUACUCAGGUCCAAAGUGAAGACGGUGCAUGAAAGGAUCCCUCUGGCAGGAUUUAGCAAACUCCCCAGUAUCCCCCAGAUUGCAAAGGCCUUCUGCGAUGACGCCUCCGGGCUGAAGUUUAACCCGGUUCUGUACCCCAAGGCGUCCCAGAUGAUAGUGUCUUAUGAUGAACACGAGGUCAACAACACGUUCAAGUUCGGCGUGAUCUACCAGAAGUUCAGGCAG